AAAAAGUGACAGAGAAUAAUGGAUCAGAAAGCGCAUGCUUUGGUUGAUUUGAAAUUCCUGGUGAUCCUGAUUAUGCUUUGGUUUUCUGGAUCACAUGCAAUACGUAUACACGUGCAAGACUGUUGCCUCAAAUAUUCAAAGGGAUCACUUCCAUUUAUGCGCAUUGCUGGCUAUGUGGAACAGAAGUCCAAUGAAGUUUGCAGAAUAGAUGUAAUUGUACUGUAUACUGUGAAAGGUUGGUGGGUUUGUGCAAAUCCAGAAAAUGCAUGGGUGAAACGUGCACUUCGCUAUUUAAGUGAGAAGCUGGAGAAAAUGUCCCAUAAAAACAAAGUUCCUCAACCUACAGCAGCAGGAGUUAACUGAAGUCCUAUUACCAUCUUACAAGG